UUUUUCUUUUCCAUCUCUUUCUCUCCCAGUAGGCUUGAACCCUCGGUUCUUAUCCUCUUUGCUCACAGAGAGAGCAACUCUGAAAAAAUCAAAGCAACAGUUUUUUCUUAGAUAUAAUGGCGACGAUGUCUCAUCUCUUUCUUUCUUCGCCUCGACCUUCAAUGGCUCUGCGACUUUACUCGACCCAGUUCACUUUGUUCUACUCUAAGAACAUUAAAGAUUGUACCUUUAAGGGUGCUAAUGAAGCUAAAGUCUCAAAGAGAUCACUCCUCUGUCGUGCAAUUCAUAUGGAAUCUGAACAUUCAGGGGAACCAAAGAGGCUUAGUUUUGAUAAUCUGCUUAGGAAAACAAAAGAUGUGUGGGAUAAUUCUCCACAGCCGGUUAAGGAGUUCCCUUGGAAUAGAGCAUUUGGAAACUUCAUACAGCUCGUUCUUGAUCUCGCUAUAUCGGUAGUGAAGUUCUUGUUCGUUCCCAUAUUUGCGGUUUCUUCCAUCAGUGAGAUGUCUUAUUGUGCACAUGAGAGGAAACUUGCUUUAGUCCCGUUUCCAUUAGUCAUCGGUAUGGUUGUUGCGGGCAUUCUACAAGAAACCGCGUUGAAGAUGUCUCCCCGUCUUAAGGAAGCGGAAGUGCCGUGGCAUUUGCUAGCUAUGAUGAUGCUCUUCACUCUGAUUAAACUUCCUGGACCAUACUACCCGUAUUGGGGGCGUCUAUUUAUUCCACAUUUUGCAAAUGGAGUAUUUCUUAGAGCACUUUGGUCCAUGUUCUUUUGGUAUAAGAAGGCUAGAAACACAUCAGGAACUCCACUGCAGAAUCACAGUGUGGAAACAAAAUGAGCAUCUUCAUCUAAAGGCUGGUGAUUUAGGUACCAAGUGGUUACUUCGAUUAGUUUUGGGGAUUAUCUGGAACCUCGCGGAUUAGUGUUCGAGCAUAGAUAGGCGAUUUCUUCAAAAUGUCAGAGAAUUUGAGGUCAAUGAGUUGACAAUAUCUCUUAGGCCAUAGAAUUGUUUUGUUUUGUGCUCUCUUCUUUGGAAAUGUGUCUCAGUUCUUGUGACAACCACUGUUCUUUGGGUAUGUAUAUGUAUCUUGUGUUUGAACAUUGAGGAGAAAUGAUUCACAUUUUUGUUUUUGGGAGAACGAAUGGUUUAUUAGGUCUAAUGCUGGACUUUGCAACCCCA